AUGCCUCUUGAGAUAGGACAAUUGCAUUCUCUCCAAACAUUGCAAUUUUUCAAUAUUGGUGAAGAGGCGGGUCGACAAAUUAGACAACUGAGAAAUUUAAAGGAUCUCAGUGGAAGUCUUGAGAUAAGAAAUCUUGAAUUAGUGAGAAGCAAGGAAGAAGCCGAGUCUGCAAAUCUGAUUGGGAAGCCAAACAUUAAUGAGUUGAGAUUAUUGUGGAAUGAAUUAGAUAAAUUGAGAGAGAAUGACAGAGAAUACAAUCAAGUGUUGGAAGGCUUGCAUCCUCACCAGAAUUUGAAAGGUUUGAUAAUUGAAAGGUUUUUUGGUGAUCAACUUUCGACAUGGAUUGGAAAACUUGAGAAAUUGGUGAAGUUUGAAUUGCGAAAUUGUAGAAACUGUAAGGAGUUACCAACUCUUGGACACAUGCCCUUCCUCAGAUAUCUUCAUCUGGAAGGACUCGGCAACAUAACAACCAUAGGGCCUUCUUUUUAUGGUGAAUCAACCGUGCAUAGUGGCCGUAGCAGUCAAUUGUUUCCUGCACUUGAACGUCUCAUUCUAGAAAACAUGCUAAAUUUGCGUCAAUGGGUGGAAGCAUUAGGUCAUGAUGGAGCAGUGGUGGUGUUUCCGGUCCUUAACACAAUGAGGAUUAGAAGGUGUCCCCAAAUAGUCACUUUUCCAAGUCAUUUUCCGUGUCUCAAGAACUUGCACAUUGAGCACAUCAACAAUGGAUCAAGUAUAGUGACAUGUAUUUCCAAUAGUUUCAGGACUCUCACGAGCCUUUCCAUUGAUAAUAUGAAUGGGUUCACUGUGCUACCACACACUCAUAUUGUUGGCUCAACUCAAAAUUUGGUUGGCCUUGGAUCCUUAGAGGAAUUACAUGUUUGCAGGUGCCACUCACUGAAGUCGAUUUCAAUCCCACACCCAUACCUCAAUGCCUUGCGAAAAUUAAGGAUUGUUAUGUGCAGUGAGUUAACCCAUUUGUCCAUCCCGCAAAUGUACGAGUCAGAGUGGGAUUCCAGUUCUUCAUCCUCCUCUACUUGUCCUUCUUCUCCUCUUAAGGAAUUGGAAAUAUGGGGAUGCCCCAAUCUUGUCUCCUUUCCAAUUGAUUUAACCCGCAGACCUUCUCUUUCUUUCUUGGACAUACCAUACUGUAAGAAAUUAACCAACUUGCCCAAGGGGAAGCUUUGUUCUCUUACAAGCUUGAGAAGCUUAGAGAUUGGACCAUUCUCAGAAACCACAAAGCUGCACUCCUUCCUAGUCCUCUUUGAGGCUCUCCUCCCACCACCGCAUCCCUACUUGCCCUUCCUUUGGAAAUUGAGUCUGGUUGGAUGGCCUCAUUGGGAAUCUCUGCCCGACCAACUUCGGUACCUCUCUGCUCUAACGUAUCUUGAACUAGAUGGUUUUGGAGUAAAAUCGUUGCCUGAUUGGUUUGGGAAGCUUUCGUCACUUGAACGACUCUACCUUUACAAUUGUACAAAGUUAGAGAAUUUACCCUCUCACCAAUCUAUGAGAAGCCUCACCAGACUAAAAGAGCUGCGGAUUGAAAUGUGUCCCCUUCUAACGGAAAGAUGCAAUUCAGAGAGUAGCAGCAGCAGUACCAUCCCCAUUUCUGAGUGGUCCAAGAUCUCCGACGUUCCCAAAAUUAUAAUUAAUGGGCAGCGAAUCAGAGGCUAA